AGUGCCUGAGGGUAAAAAUAGAGAAGAUUAAGACUAAAUUUCAUUCGUGUAAACUUUGCUCUCUUUGUUCGAACGUCUAAGUCUUCUUUAUUGUUAAUGCCCGAAAUGAGAAUCGUACUUUGAGACUUUGAGAAUCGUAUCCCUGCCAUCACACACUUAAGACUCCCGCUCACAACGUAUGAGGAUGAACAGAAAUAUUUAGGACAGUCUCAUAGCCUUUCCUUUUCCUGAUUUAUUCAAUUCAUUAGUUUGAUGAGGAAGGCCAGGGAGUAAGAUAAGUUGUGCGCCAGGUUCUUGUCACUAAACUGAAUUUCUUCCGUUUCUCGUUGACAAUAAAAUCCAUUAGAGAGCUUUUCCACUUGAGAGUACCCGCCUGCUUUCAUUACGACAACGUAAUCUCUUCCCGUCGAUAAUUAAGCUGAUCUGAUUGCACUGUUACCUUUAUCAAUCGCGUACACGACAAGCUUAAGUUUACUGAGCCGUUCUGAAUCGGGACAGAACGCUGUGAUAUCAGCAGAUAUCAAAACCAGCCGUUUACUUGAACUGAUGGUUAUGAACGCAUAAAACGCCUACAAGCCGAGCUAAAGGCUGUGAUGUACUGGCCCAGCAGGUUCCCAAGUACGCGAUCCAUUACAAAAUACUUUCAACGUUUUUCAAGAAAAUCAGGUGUAAAACUGAAAGCCGAUUUCUCGGUCGUGCACUGUGACUGAUAUCAUCUAUGUCAGAAUUAACCCAUUUGGGCAAGAUAACAGACUUUUGAAAUUAGCCAAGACGGUAAGCAGACGGCUAAAAUAGAAACAUGACUUUGUUGUUUACGACUACAAGUGGUCGAUCCCUUGAAGCCUUGGUUUGUAUAUAUGACCGAUGGUAUUUAACCUGCAGGUUGUUCAGAUCACGCCAAUACGUAGGACGGACGCAACCGAGGAGUCAUCUCUGGUGUCCCACAACCUUUAUGUAAGCUGUUUGAGCAUCUAAAAUAGAAAGGCCUUGUCAAACGCAAGUAAGUUGAGAGAUCUAAACCAUCCCAGCACCAAGGAAUGAGCUUCUAACAAAGAUAACUUCCUUCCUGAUAAAACAUUAAGGUUCCGCCAUCUGGCGCCAGACCGCACGAUAUCUGGUCGUACUUCUGGCUACAGCGUGCCAACUCUAAUACAAACAAGCUGCACAACACCCUUAAAACACAAACGCCUUACACAACGAGGGAUAAAGAUACACCGCUAAUUUACGACCAAGGUGAGAGGUUGAAAAUGAGGAAAAGGGAGGUUUGGAGAGUUAUUUUCGCCGCAUGGACAUUCGCAAUGCAAAUUGCAAUGGAUGAAGCAGGUAUGAAGGAAAGAUAUAACUUAAAUUCCAAUGAAUUACAUUUCUUUGGAUAAUGCAUCACAGUAGCCAACAAGUAAUAUUAUUUAGACACCCUCCCUCGGGCGAUGAUUCUCAGUGUGACGCGGAUGUCCCUAAUCUUCGUCCAUAUUACGCCAGGGAGGUGCGAGCGAUUCAUCUGCCAAAGGGUGAAAAACUUCUAUUACUUUUAAUGUGUCGUAAACGAACAAAUAAAUGUUCUGUGGAAAGAACUGCGGGUGUGCACACCUUUUUUUUGGCAAUUGCACAGUGUUAGAAUCAGCCCAGUUCGGAUGGCGUGGGCGAUAGAUCAGUACCAAUGCUGUAUAAACCAAUGAUUUGGCUUCCAUCGUCUGUUCUGUUCACCGUUUUUCUGAUAAGAGCAUGCUGUUCUUUUACAGUCAAAAUAUUUUCAUCAUUAAGGAAGAAAACAUUCCACAUUUCCGACAAAUCAGCAGGUACAUCAAAAACAAUUGACUGUGUUUCGAGGCCUUCCAAAGGCCAACAAAGACCAUUAUCACCUUAAAAAAAAAGAGCAUUUUGAAAACCAUCAAAUAGGUUUCUCAAACAGAGGAUACUGUAAAACACAAUGUUCUUCCUAUAACGUUUCAUGGCGUUCAACAAAAACAACUCAUUUAUUUACUGUUUAGGGAAUGAACGAAUGAUCUAGAACAACAUUAAUAACGUCAAAAACAAUGGUCCAUGAUAAUCAGCAGGGGAACAUAUGACAAGGGACGACCAGUUUUUCCCAAUAAAAAUACAUAACAGCUUCUAAAGCAGGACCACAGCCUGUUUCACAGUUUUACAUCUUGGGUAUUCUUAAGCAUGCAAGCAGCUGGUUGAGAAACAGUCCGCAUUUCAAUGCAAAGUGAAGUGCUUGCCCCUAUCUCAAUUUGUAAAGAUCUUUUGCCGCGCAAUUUCCGUAAAGGAUACUUUAUCCCGGAUAGUUUUGCUUCUCCUGUCAACAUUAUCUAUCUAAUGCCAUGAGGUCUGUCUUCGACUAAAAAAAUGAUGGUUCGAUCAACAUGAUUAACAACAAUGCCCUCGGAAGGGUCUGUUCGUAACAACCAUCCCGCUCGGAGGCUUUCAACAAGUGAAUAUCCAUCUCAUAGGUCAAGGAUUCUCGUGUUCCUCGUUUCGGUAACAUGUAAAGAAGGGUAUCAUUCCCAAUUUCUCAUGCGUCUAUGACAUCAAAUUAAUCAUGUUAGAUUUAAAAAUCUGUUAGCACGCGACUCGUCAUCCUGCAAUUAGAAGGUUCUGAAGGAGGAGGUUUGAUUAUUGUCAUAAUUUCUACUUUUACGACAUAAAAAAAAGACAUUUAAUUUUUUCCUGAAACAACCCUCUGCCAAGACCAAACUGUAGUAACAUUCCAUACCAAUAAUUCAGGGUUGUUUAGAGAUAAAGCGGUAAUAAGUAACCAUCCAAAAAGAUAGCCACCGAUCUCCUUACCGUCUGCUGCCAGUUUCUCUCGAUACCUAAUGGACAAAACAUGAAGUCCUUAAAAAAAUAUAUAUGGGCUAUAAAUCAUUUCUACAACUGCGAUCUGCUUCCUUGUAGAUUGUAUUUUAACUGCACACCGUUUAAAAGGUGUCAGGAUCUACCUUUUAAGCGUCAAGAUGUUGCAUUAUCACUGAUAAAAUGUGUCCUUAUCUUGCGUUGUUUCAGACUUGAAACACUUGCAUCCAAUUAGUUUCUCGAAAUAACUCACCGCAUGAAAAUAUGCAUUGUUCUUGUUUCUAUUCUUCCUCUUGGAACAAAAUCAGAUGUACUGGAGAGUGAUUCUCUUCUCCUGCGAGACGCAGGGCUUAACUGCGCGUCAGUUCUAAAGGAUCUACAUCAGGAAAAUCUGUAACCAUUCUUUAGACCUUGAUCGUUGAAUAUUACUUAUUUUUGUCCAAGAUACCCGGAGCUGACUCGGCACAUGAUACGAUGACUCCGACGGAACAUAAAUCGAGCUUUGCAGUUCAGAAAACUUAGAUGAAAUCAUUUUCGUUUGGCAAGGUUAUCUAUGACAUGAUCGCAAUCAUAUUUUUACACAAAUAGAAUAACGUUUGAGCAACCGAUGCAUAAUUCGGCCAGGUAUUUAUGUGACACGACACAAGAGAGCGUGUUAUCAAACCAAACACUCAAACACGUUCAUUAAUUUCUAGUCCCUUUUCAAUAGUUCCUUUGUACCGAGCGCUAAACGCCCAAUUACAGCAAGAAUAAUGUGUACUCCCUAUGUCUUUCCGUCACCUAUAAUUGAACGUCGUUUUAAUAACGGGUCAAAGACAACAUAGAAAGUGCGCAGUCUGUCAUCCUGGAUUGAAAGACUUAGACAAAAAACAGAGCAUGAACUUAGUUGUUAUUGCAUUAAAUAAUGGUCAUAUCGGUAAAUUCACUCAUUGACAGUUGUACAUCCGCCUGGGUUGUAACCUUUCAUUCCGGCCUGGGAAAUUCUAGAAGUGUAUGUCGCAUCAUGUGAAUGAUUCUAGUAUUUUUCACCUCCUACUGAAGAGUGAGUUGACCUUUGUCGUGUAAAUAAUGGCAGUCAUUCUUCGAAUGAGGCUUUAGUCGCACGAACUCUGAAAGAGUUGUUCAAAUGAACAGAAAUGAGCCGAUUGACUGGUCUUAAAUCUCCUCGUUCAGAUGACUCUUAAAUCGUGGCUUUCUUUCCUCGGUCUUCAGAAAACGACCAUUCGAUCAGUAAUGCACUGUCAUCGUCUUCAUCAGGUAAAAAUUCUAAAGUAAAUUGUUAGUUUGUUCGUGGUUUCAUUGAAAGUUUUUCAUGUUCACGAUCAACUCUGACUACAAAUUUGCACGGCCAGAGGCCCGCUACUAAAACUUAUUUUGACGAAAUAUUUACGUCGACGAUGUUUACAUUAAAUGAGCUUUCUCUGUUUUGGCCAGUAUGAGACUCGUGCAACACUUUUUUAUAGGGACAUUUCUACCGAACAAGACCACUGUGCUUCAACAGGUUUGGAGUACCUACGAAAAAUCUAUUGUAACACGAAGAUGUCAACAAUCCACUGACUGCUUGUUCCUAUUGCAAUUCGUUCUGAUAUAAAAAAUGUUUCACAAGAGAUCUUGUGAAAGUUCAACGCAGCUGAUCUUCGCACAAAAUUUACCUAUUUAAAAGUAACCUAUUUUGAAGCAAGCACUGUUCGAUCAGACAAACAGACUCUCUUCUCCCCGCUCUCUUUCACAAUAAGCACAAUACACGUUUUUCUUGUUCCUCUUUAGGGAGCAAUGGCUUGAUUUACAAAGGACAACCAACAUCGUCACCUUCAUCAGGUAAGGAAACUAGGCUCUGUUACACUUAGUCAACUUAAAAGCAACAUAAACCACUUCUCGAAAAAAGUUCGAUAAAUCUUCUUUUUUUCCGUUCAAGUCUGGUUUGUCAAUUAUCGUACUUGGUUAAUACAUUUUUAUUGUCACCAUUCUUAGAAGGCAAACUCCUUAUAAAAAAUUAAGGAAAGGUGAUGUAAGCUUUUAGUUCCCUCCAAAAAAGGAAAAUUAUAAGCCGGCCCUUUAAAUAUUGAUGAAAACAAUUUCCUACUGUUAUCUUUUGUCAUUGAAAAAAGCUCUCAGUGAAUCCAAGAGGUCAGAGUUUGGGAGUCUUUGGUAGAUUCAUUAGAAAAGCAAGGUUGCCGGAAUACACAAUAGAUGCAGUUACUCACAAUUGUCAAUGGCCAUGGUUAAGGAGGAAAAAAACUCCAAAGUCGCUGAAAACUUUUAAAACUUAUCAAGAUAACGGUAUUGACUUUGGCCUUGUGAGAUUGCAAUGAUUUACGUAUCCAAAUAUACCUCUACAAUCAUUCGGUUUCACACCAUACUUCUGGUAAACACGUUUUUUAAUUUAGCACCAUUAACGUGUCCUCAAUUCCGACAAGAUAUGCUUACAUCCAUUGACUCAAACUAAGCAGUUAGGAAGUUACAAAGCAAGUAACCCUUCAUUUGCGUGAAGUUAUUUGGAUCUUCAGUUAAAGGCAUCCUAACUGAGAUGAACAAACAAGCGACUUAAAAAGGCUUUUAAACAAAUCCCUUUGUGAGCAAGCGUACAAACCCUAUGUCAUCAGGCAAUGCCUAAUUUGCUGAAUGUUUUAUUAUGAUAACCACCCAUCUAAGUUGUUUCUCAGUUUGUUUCCUACAAGAACUCAAAUUCACAGUUAUGACAAAACACAAGAAUACCCAAUUAUUGUCGACCACAUCAUCGUCAUACUAAUCUUACUAAUUUUAUAACUCCACGGUUAUAAGAUUUGCAAUUCUCGCCCAAUAUCGAUCACCGGUUCGACUACCUUUACUGCAUUAAAAAAAAAAAGUUAUGGAGUUUUUAAUAAAAUGAAUCUGAUGUGGCACAUCCACAACCAAACUACAAACGUAUUGACAAUCGAAAGGGCUUCCCUUGUGAGCUCGGUGGCUUCACGGAGGUGUCCUCGCACACCAUGCCGUGGAAUUUGUAAAUAUAUUACUUCUCAACUGGCUGAAAAAAGAUGAUGAUGAUGUACCCUGCAACCUAUAAUGCUUUCUUUAGUGGAAACAUUCCACAGAGGUGAAAUGCACCUAGUUGCUUCCUAGGUCUUUACCGAUUUACUUUGGUUCUUCCAUGCUAGCGUCUCCAAGAUUUGUGGACUCCAUCAGGAUGCAACAGACUUUUAUUGCAUGGCCCGCACGCCACAGCGUCCGACUUAAAUGCAAAGCCAGUGGCUCAAGUCCGUUAAGAUUCCAGUGGCUAAAGGAUGGUGAUCCAUCCAUUCAUCGAAGAUUACAACCGAGACUCAAAACAAACAUGUGGUACCUGAAGCUUAAAGACUUGGUGCCAUUAGACUCUGGGAAAUAUACUUGUAUAGUUUCCAACACAUAUGGCUCCAUCAAUCAUACCUAUACCCUACGAGUUGUAGGUAAUAAGCAGAGUAAUGAGUUAUAAUUGACACUGUGAAAGACCUUAAGAUUUGCAAAAGAAAACUGCAUAAAUAAUUUCACCUCCUGACUAAAUUAUGAGUAAGUGCGCAAUCACCGAAAUUUUUAGUUUUUGUACAGAAAUGUCGAAUGUAACAGCAGCAAAGAGAAUCUAAGCAGACAUUUUUGGGGAACGUGCUACCUUAAACCAUUUCCUGACAUAAAAAGACUCUUAAAAACUGCUAUGAAGAUGUGUUGGAAGCAAAGAUAAAACGCUGAAUAUAGAGCUGAAGCGAGGAUUAUGAUCAUAGCUGCCUGAAAACCCAAAUCGUUAUGUUACGUCGCAAAACAAUUUCACAUGGAUAGUUUGCUUUCAUUCCAAUCUUGGGUUUUAGAAUGUCUAUUUAUUCUUAGAGGGCAUAACGAGAUUUUAAAUGAACGAAACGCUUUUCCGCCAAACGCCUUCCGCCAUUAAAAGCCAGGUUAUCAUCAAGUUUGCAUUCUGAAAAUUAGAGAAAUUUCGUCGUUUUAAUUAUCAUUGUAUUACUUUUGCAGAAAAUCUUGAAGAAAGCUUGUUCUGAAAUGCAGAUAACUUCCAUCUUUUAUUGAUCAAGCUUCUACUCUUUUUACAGAAAAAUCUCGCACCAAGCCUAUUCUGAAGUGUGGCUUUCCUAGAAACACCAGCGCAGAGCUUGGACAGAACGCUUCAAUGACUUGCAUCGUUCUUAUCAGUGGAACACUACCAGAUUUUAGAUGGCUUAGGUGGAACACUAUUCCAAGCACUUUCCCCGACUCGCUUGAUUUUGAGAACGGAUCGUACACCCUUGUCAACCCUCGGCAAUAUCAGACGGUUCACGUUGGAGGAAAGUAUGGCGUGAAAGUGAAUAUUUGGAACGUCCAACCCAACGAUUUGGGCCUGUAUACGUGUUACGUUAGCAAUCACCUUGGUUCUGACUAUAUGAGUGCGUUUUUAACCGAGGAAAAGGACAGGAGAAAAGAAUCUGAAGGUAAGCUAAGGACUAAACGAACUCUGCGGUGUUUUGUCGAAAUGGUAUACGUAAAAUCGUUCAAUUACAUGAUGGGAUGUGAAGAAACGAUACAGCAUCGCAAAAUCGCACCAGGUUAACUCGAACAUUCUGCUAAUUUGAACUCACAGCCAUUUGAGUGAUAUUUUGGAAUCAUUUACGAAUAGCUGGCUCGAACCCACUGUUUUAUCGAAUUGUUUCAAGUUUUGCAAUACGAGAGCGAAGUUGCACUCUACAUGUACGGUGUUUAAUGGAAAUGACUUUUAUCUCCGUUAUUGCUUGAAGUAAUGCAAAGAGCAAAGUGCCAAUCUGCCGGACUAAUAAGGCAAACAUUGUUUAAUUGAUUGUGGACACAAAUCAUUGAAAUAAAUGAAGUAGUAACGAUGGCUUGAGGCCAUAACCCUCUAAUCAGGUUCUUUUGCCGGAAAGAGACGGCUUAGAUUCAAAGGAUGUUAUUUCCGUUUCCUGUUAUGAUAAAAAGUUGCUCACUGAGUUAAUCAUAUUUGAGAUAAGACAACAUUAACUGGGAAUUUUUUUCCUUCAUUUUGGAAAUAUGUUUUGAUCUCCCUUUUGGUAUGAAACUCUAAAGCAAAUGUCUAUCAAUAAUUAGUUACAAUGAAUCCAUAGCUGGUCAUCUUUUUGCAUCAUAAAGAAUUUUAAGCUUUUUUUUCUACUUCUAUGGUCGUCUUAUGAAAAUGUGAUCGUGAGAAAGUAUGUGAGCGUCAUUCACUGCAGGCAGAUGAUAAGGAGCCAAAGAAAAGUAAUGGAACUACUUCUAUCGAGUGUGUUCCAUACAUUAUACACAGCAACAAUAUCAUCAACAGUACUAGAAACUUUUAAAAAUUUAUGUGGAUUAAAAUAAGUACAUGCUCUGUAAAGCGCUAAAACAAAAACCUUUUGCCAUUUUUGUUCAACGACUAAACUAAAAAUUUACCAUCUUUCUUAAUCUAUUUACGCUAAAAUCUGAUUUCCUUUCGCCCUGCAUGAUAGUCUGGACAACCCAUUCUAAAAUGAAUAAAGUUCCCGCAGUCUUCCUCUGCAUAAAUAGGUUGAAAAUGGCGGACUCCGCUGAGAUGUAUUCGAGCAACUCAGCAGGUUGGGUAGUUGAUGAGAUUUUCCAAUAUCCGCCUGUAGUUAGCUUUUCAGAUUUGGCAAAGAUGAACAACUCAUACGGAAGGAAUAUUCAUUUACAAUAGGUCAAGAUAUCACUUUUAAUAUUUGUUCAACCAAUUAGCUCGUCAGGAGGGCACUUAACACUGAUUUCCAUGGGAUAAUUCACUAGGAUUAUGUCUAUAACCAAACAAUGACGCAGCCUGUUUGUCUUGCAAGCUAGAUGACCCUAGAUGCUUUUAGCUUUAACGUCAUCUCCAUUUCUCUCUACCUUAGCCAUUCUGAAUUAGUCCACUACAACUUGGAAACUACUUUAAGACUAAGCUUUAUAUAAUACUUUGUAAAAGUUAUCCUAUAAUGCUAUUCGCGAUCUUGCCUUUGUUACAAAAACGACCCCACAAGCAAUUACUUAUUGUCACUCAUAUCGUGCAUCUAUAAAAGAUCAGUGUCGUUGUAUUUCGACCUCAAUCUUUUAAGUUUAAAGGAAAUGCAAUUGUUGCCUUUUUGUCAUAUCGAAGGGUCGCAAAGUACAUUUUUGUGCCAUAUGAGUUUGAGACACGGAUCAAUAGGUUUGGGUUUGAGCCAUAAUUUUGUGAAUUUGUUAUUUCUCUGGUAAGAAGCUUUACUCUUACAGCGCCCCUCUCCACCCAGUUGUAUAAACAAACUGUCAAAAAAACCUAACGAAGGGCUGAAGGGUAACCUUGCGAUGGACAGGCAUUCCGUCUAAGGGGAAAUAACAAUUCUCUAAGUCGCUUCAUGCUAUGAAACAGGGAUAAGCUUGAACGCAAUGAUCCUUAAGUGAUCACAAGUUGUCUUUUCUGUUAUUUAUCGCUAGUAUGACUUUGAGAGCACAACACCACUAAAUAGGAGUACGCUUUCAUAAACAAAAGCUUCAUGAACAUUAAUUUCAAUACGAUCCUUGCCUUUACUAGGAAAACAGGCCUAAAAAAAAUCUGAAAAUUAAAAUCUAAUUUUAUAACGUGGGUUCUAAAAGUGUUACUCGUAUCACUGACCUGCGGAUGUCUUUUCAGUUACGACAGAGAAGCCUGAGGAAAAGGACUUCGCAAAUCACGAGAAUACAGGAUCUCCGCCAUUAAGGGGUAUGCCAGUGGCUUCCUUCCUUCUUUCUUUCUUCAGUUUUUCAUACCUUGAUGCUUGAUUUCUCAGUAUUUCUCCAACUCCCUGACCGAUAGUUUGUCAAAACGUUGCAAACGUAGAACCUUUGUAAAACAACGAAUGUUUAUAUCAACAAAAUGUCUGGAAAAUUGGUGUUAAAGUUGUUUUUAGUUUACCAAAAUGCGCUCCGGGUAAUACUGCAAUAUCACAAACUUAGUCAAUUCGUAACGCAACCAAAAAGGCAAAUUCUACAACACCAGCUAGUUAUAGAGUGCUGUGAUGUCUUCACACUGGUGCAAUAAAAAGGAAGAGAACUUUUAAAAGAUAAAUGUAUUUUAGGAGACACUGAAGAAAUCUUGCUACGAAAAUCUUUCCGCCGUUAGGAACCAACGCAACAGAGGAGAUCCCCCCAGCGAAACAGGCGGUAACACGAUCCCGGGAGGCAAAGAUACCUUUGAGUGUGUUCAUAGGCGUCCUUAGCACCUGGGCGGUCAUCACAACUAUCGCACUCCUCUGGUGUCACUUGUACCACAAGAAAAUAAGAGCAGCAAAAACAGGGGUAGAGUUCUAAUGAACGAGGAAGGAAUUUUCCGCUCUGAUGUUACCAUGAGAACCAUGAGAACUGAAGCUGGAUUAGAGCUAUGGGUCAUUAUUUGCACUCGCACCUCUGACUUGUUGGUUUACGUUCAUGUCGUCCAGUAUUAGACAUUGCC